AUGGAUGAUUCAGCUGCACUUGGGAAAAUCCAAAAGAGCCAGAGCAUUUGUGUGACUGCUGGGACAGAAGGUAAAAAAAUUGAGAAAGAUUGCUACAGUGGCUGUGUCAUUGGUGUCUUCACGAGUGGCGGUGAUUCCCAAGGUAUGAAUGCUGCAACAAGAGCCAUUGUUAGGAUGGGAAUCUAUGUUGGCUGCAAAGUCUACCUUAUCAAAGAAGGCUACCAAGGAAUGGUUGAUGGAGGGUCAAACAUUGUUUUGGCAGAUUGGAAGUCCGUGUCCAACAUCAUACAGUCUGGAGGUACCAUAAUCGGAAGUGCUCGAUGUGCGGACUUCAGAGAGAGGCCGGGUCGCUUGCAAGCAGCAUACAACUUGUUGGAACGUGGCAUCACCAACCUCGUGUGCAUAGGGGGAGAUGGCAGUCUUACGGGGGCCAACCUCUUCAGAAUCGAAUGGUCCAGUCUUCUUGAAGAACUUGUUAAGACAGGUCGAAUAACCAGUCAGAAAGCCCAGGAAUGUGCUCAUCUGAAUGUUGUGGGACUCGUCGGAUCGAUCGACAACGACUUCUGCGGGACCGACAUGACAAUUGGGACUGACUCUGCUCUGCACCGGAUAAUUGAGGCCAUUGAUAACAUCAACACUACAGCUUCCAGUCACCAGAGAUGUUUUGUGAUGGAAGUUAUGGGCAGACAUUGUGGCUACUUGGCCCUGGUCGCUGCGUUGGCUUCGGAGGCAGAUUGGGUUUUCAUCCCUGAGAGUCCGCCGGAGAAGGGAUGGGAGGACAAGCUGUGUGAGAAAUUGGCGCAGGAAAGAAGUUUGGGACAGAGGUUGAACAUCAUCAUCGUCUCUGAAGGCGCCAUUGAUGAGGAGGGCAGGCCCAUCACUGCUGACCAAAUCAAAGAUUUGAUCAGCAAGAGACUGAAGUACGACACUCGAGUGACCAUAUUGGGCCAUGUUCAGCGAGGAGGCAAUCCAUCCGCAUUCGAUCGCCUGCUUGGAUGUCGGAUGGGUGCUGAGGCUGUGCUGGCCCUGAUGGAGGCCACUCCCUUCACUCCCGCCUGCGUCAUCUCCCUGAAUGGCAACCAGAUAGUGAGGGUGCCCCUCAUGGAGUGUGUGGCUAGGACAAAGGAGGUUCAGGCUGCUAUGGAUAAGAAAGAGUUUCAAAAAGCGGUUGAGCUUAGAGGCAGAGAUUUUGUGGCCAAUUUGGAAUCAUUUCGCACACUAGCUAGGGCCAGAGCACCGAAGAAAGCUUUCUGUACAGCAUUCAACCUGGCAGUUGUGUUUGUUGGUGCACCGGCCUGCGGAAUGAAUGCAGCCGUUCGUUCCUUCGUUCGUAUCGGGAUCACCAAGGGGUUCAGAAUCCUUGGCAUCAAGAACGGAUUUGAAGGCCUCGUCAAUAAUGAGGUGGUGUCAUUGUCAUGGACUGACGUUCAUGGAUGGUCCGGUUCGGGAGGAGCCAGGUUGAAGACUAACAGGACGACACCAUCGAAAGUUGGAUUGGAUCGUGUAGCGGAUAAAUUGCGACAUUUCAGCAUCCACGGUCUCCUUAUCAUUGGUGGAUUCGAGGCAUUUGAGAGCAUCUUGCAGUUGACGGAAGCUCGUUCAGCGUACAGAGAGUUCUGCAUACCAAUGUCCAUGGUGCCCGCCACCAUCUCCAACAAUAUUCCUGGCACUGACUUCAGUCUCGGAUCAGAUACUUCUCUCAAUGCUAUCGUUGAGAUAGCAGACCGCAUCAAACAAUCUGCCUCAGGAACUCGCAAUCGAGUGUUCGUGCUGGAGACGAUGGGUGGACACUGCGGCUACCUGGCCACACUCAGCGCCCUGGCCAGUGGUGCUGAUGCUGCUUACAUCUUCGAGGAACCAUUCAACAUCACCGACCUUCAGGGAGAUGUGAAUCAUCUUGCAUCCAAAAUACGAGGGGGUGUCAAGAGAGGCAUGGUCAUGAGAAAUGAGAAGGCCAACGAGAACUACACGAGUGACUUCAUAACACGUUUGUACCAGGAGGAGGGCAGGAACAUCUUCCAGUGCAGACUGAAUGUCCUUGGUCACAUGCAACAAGGUGGUCAGCCGAGUCCAUUCGACCGCAACAUGGGAACGAAGAUGGCCGCCAAGUGCGCGGAACUGCUAGCCAAACAAGUCGAGGAGAACAAAACACCAGAAGGAAGCGUCUUCACGAACUCCUCAGACACAGCCACACUGCUAGGCCUGCAGAAGAAGAGGAGUCUCUUCACGCCAGUCCUCGAACUUAAAGAAAAAACUGACUUUCAACAUCGCAUAUCGAAGGAGGUGUGGUGGUGCAAGUUGCGGCCACUACUUCGCAUACUGGCCAUGCACAACAGCAUCUACGAGGUCGAGGGACAGGAGAACGAUGGCUUCGAUGACCUUGAUAAGUUGUAUUUGUAAUCAUCACGUGAUGUGGUCAUCGUCACGUGAUGUAGUCAUCGUCACGUAGUGUGGUCAUCGUUACGUGGUGUGGUCUUCAUCGUCACGCGCUGUGGUCAUCGUCGUCACGUGAUGAGGUCAUCGUCACGUGAUGCCAUUGACGUACUUAUUAUUACUUGGUGUAAUCAUUACGUAAUUAUUAUAUUAUUGCAAUGUAAUGUAAUCAUUUUUGUAAUGUACCCGUAAAAAGCGCUUUUAUUACAUGGUGUAAACAUUACUUGAUGUGUAUAUAUUUAUAUUUUAUUCGUUUAUUCGAAAAAUAUCUUCUUAAUAAAUUAACGAAUUUGUUUAGUACAUAUUGAAUUUUUCGUUGAAAAUGUAUUAUUUUUUCACAUGAAUGUAAAUAAAGUUUUAUAAAAACUAUAGUUGCGUUCAGUUAUCAGAAGCAUUUUGUUUUCAAAAUUUUUAUCAAAAGUGAAUGUCUUAACUUUUUAUUUUUGCUCUUCGGAUUGAUAAGAAUCAUGAAAAAUAAAAUUUUAACAAAUAAAACAAACCGUUAUAAAUGCAUGUUAUAAACGCAUGCUAUAUAAAAAAAAAUGUUAUGUUACGUUAUGUUGUAAAAACGAUGCUAUGUUAAAGUUAUAAACAUUUGUUUAACUUAUUUAUGUGUUAUUUUCGUGUUUAAAUAUAAAUAUUGAUUGAAUCAACCAUCUCCUUGUGGAUGUGCGUGCGUGCGUGUGUGUGCGUGAGAGAGAGAGUGAGUGAUCCCAAAUCGUCCAUCCGAACAAAGUUUUUAUUAUUUUUGUUAUUUUGCAUCAUGAUUUUUUUUUUUUCAAUUUCUUUCAAUCAAACUGCAUUCAGUUGAGUAUUACAAUUUGAUCUUUUGAUUUCCAUAAGUUGAUUAUACUUUUUGUUUGCAUAUUUGAGACAAUUUUUUGUUAAACAAAAUAAAUAAUAAUCGAAUUAUUGUUGUAUUAAUUAUUAUUAUUAUUUUUGUUGUUAUUAUUGUUAUUAUUAAAAUUCUGCUGCACGUCCUACCAGACUCGUCAUGGUCUCUCAAGGAUACAAACAUUCAUACAUUACUGUACAAACGUACGCAUACAUAUACAAACAAAGAAACACACAUACAUACACACACAUACAUACAUACACACAUGCAUGCACACAUACAUAACACGCACCCAACCAGCCGACACUUGACUUUAUAAUUUUUUAAGCAUCUUCUGUUGUAUAAAUAAACCACACUGGAUUAUUAUUAUGUAAUUUGAUGACGCAACUUGCACCAUCCGUCGUGAAAUACAACUUGAUGAUGUCUUCUUGCGAGAUUUUACUUACAAAUGCCAAAUUCUUUUUUAACGUUUAAUGAUGAGGUGAUAGUAUUGUGCUUGGAAUGAUCAAGUUUUGUAGUGCCAUUUUCAAGUUUGUGAAAAUUUUCAAUU